AAUAAAUAAAUUAAGCGAACGCAUCGUCGUUACCCUUUUUAUCGCUUCAUAUUUGGAUCCCCCUAUCCACCUCUCUUCUUACCACCAGUCUUAAUUCCCGGAGACAAACAAAGCCCAAUUCCCAGGAGUUCAAAUUUAAAUCCGCAGCUAGAAAAAAAAAAAAAGGAAAAGAAUUGGAUUUUUAAAUUCUUGAGAAUUUGAAAAAAUCUCUGGGUUUCGAAAAUUUUGAGAUAAACACCAUGCUCUGACCCCGGAAUUGGGAAAUAAAAUCCCCAGACUGGGUCUGUUUGGGGAGGAUUGAUCGAUUUCCCAAAUGGGUAUUUGCACCUCCAAACCCUCCCCAAACUCUCACACUUCAUCUCCCAAAUCCGAUUCUCCACAGACCAAGGAAAGCUCUGUUAAGCAACCGGACGCCCCCGCCAAUGGCGAAAACCCUAGAGAUGACAAGGCUGAAGCGGAGAACGUCAAGAAGUCGCCGUUUUUCCCGUUCUACAGUCCGAGCCCGGCUCAUUACUUCUUCUCCAAGAAGUCUCCGGCGAGAUCUCCGGCGAAUGUGAGCUCCAACUCGACGCCUAAGCGGUUCUUCAGGCGGCCGUUCCCACCGCCGUCGCCGGCGAAGCAUAUAAGGGCGGUUCUGGCGAGGAGGCAUGGGUCCGUGAAGCCGAAUGAGGCGGCGAUACCGGAGGGGAGCGAGGCUGAGGCUGCGACGGGGCUUGAUAAGAGCUUUGGGUUCUCCAAGCAUUUUGGGAACAAGUAUGAGCUUGGUGAAGAGGUUGGGAGAGGGCAUUUUGGGUACACUUGCAAAGCUACGUUUAAGAAGGGCGAGCUCAAGGGCCAACAGGCCGCUGUCAAAGUCAUCCCCAAAUCCAAGAUGACUACUGCUAUUGCCAUUGAGGAUGUGAGAAGGGAGGUGAAGAUAUUGAAAGCUUUGACCGGACAUAACAAUCUAGUAAAAUUCCAUGAUGCUUUUGAAGACCAUGAUAAUGUCUACAUAGUAAUGGAAUUAUGUGAAGGAGGGGAGCUCUUAGAUAGGAUACUUGCAAGGGGUGGGAAAUACACGGAGGAUGAUGCAAGGACCGUCAUGAUACAAAUAUUAAAUGUUGUUGCGUUUUGCCACCUUCAAGGCGUGGUGCAUCGGGAUCUUAAACCUGAGAAUUUUCUGUUUUCAUCAAAGGAUGAGGAUUCACAGUUGAAGGCUAUCGACUUUGGCUUGUCAGAUUUUGUCAAACCAGAUGAAAGGCUUAAUGACAUUGUUGGUAGUGCGUACUACGUAGCCCCUGAAGUUCUACAUAGAUCUUAUGCUACUGAGGCUGACGUCUGGAGCGUAGGUGUGAUUGCAUACAUUCUUUUGUGUGGCAGCCGUCCAUUUUGGGCUCGAACUGAGUCCGGCAUCUUUCGGGCUGUUCUAAAAGCUGAUCCAAGUUUUGAUGAACCACCUUGGCCAUCUCUGUCUGUGGAGGCAAGAGAUUUUGUCAAGCGCCUAUUAAAUAAAGAUCCACGGAAAAGAAUGACUGCUGCUCAAGCCCUAAGUCAUCCCUGGCUUAAAAACUCUAAUGAGGUUAAAGUUCCUCUGGAUAUAUUAAUAUUCAAACUCAUGAAGGUUUAUAUGCGUUCAUCAGCUCUCCGAAAAGCUGCUUUAAGGUCACUUUCCAAAACAUUGACUGUGGACGAGCUUUCUUAUUUGAAGGAGCAGUUUGCACUAUUGGAACCAAAUAAAAAUGGCACAAUAAGCUUAGAAAAUAUUAAAGCGGCGUUGAUGAAAAAUGCUACUGAUGCAAUGAAGGAGGCACGAAUUGCUGAUUUUCUAGCAUCGCUUAAUGCAUUGCAAUACAGAAGGAUGGAUUUUGAGGAAUUUUGUACAGCUACACUAAGUGUCCACCAACUUGAGGCACUUGAUAGAUGGGAGCAACAUGCUCGUUGUGCCUAUGAGCUGUUUGAGAAGGAUGGCAACAGGGCUAUUGUUAUUGAGGAACUGGCAUCGGAACUUGGCCUCAGCCCUUCCGUCCCAGUUCAUGCAGUGCUUCACGAUUGGAUUAGGCACACUGAUGGAAAGCUCAGUUUCCUUGGAUUUGUCAAAUUGUUGCAUGGGGUUUCUAGCCGAACUGUACCAAAAGCUCAAUGAAAGGUUUGAUAAGAUCCAAGAAGUAUAGGCUGCCCACAUAAAACCAUGGCUUAAGAGCUGGUUGAGAAUUUCCUGAACCCAAUAUGACCAAUAUGAAUCAUUUGAUUAAGCUCAGGCUUGUAAACACUUGGGACUGGAGUAACAACCCGGUAUGUGCUAGAGCGGAAGCUCAGUCGUGUUUUUUUCCACUGUAAAUCUGUAGUUUUAGUAUAGCGUGUUUAGUUGCAGAUUAGAAUUAGCCCUCAACUGGUUUACUAGACGAUUACACU